CAACCGGAAGCGUCGUCGCCUUCUCCGGCUCUGCUGCUAACGGGACGUCAAACUGAGCUAAACUGAACCAAACUGAGCUAAACUCGGGAUAAAGGUGUGAGUACCUGGCGGGCAGGUGUGUGAGGAUGAGUGAGGAACAUUACCUGGAGCUGUGUGAGAACCCGGUGCAGUUUGAACACGCGUCCAGCGUCAACAACGUCUUCUUCGAUGAGGCUAACAAACAGGUGUUCGCGGUGCGUUCAGGUGGAGCCACAGGUGUGGUGGUCAAAGGCCCAGAUGACAAGAGUAGUGUUGCCUUCAGGAUGGACGAUAAAGGAGAAGUGAAGUGCAUCAAGUUCUCCAUUGGAAAUAAGAUCUUGGCUGUUCAGAGAACUUCAAAAUCUGUGGAUUUUAUCAACUUUAUCCCUGAUUAUCCGCACACAGAGUUCACCCAGGAAUGUAAGACGAAGAACGCCAGCGUUCUGGGUUUCUGUUGGACCAACUGGAACGAGAUCGUCUUCAUCACCGACCAGGGAAUAGAGUUUUACCAGGUGUUUCCAGACAAGCGCAGCCUGAAGCUGCUGAAGAGUCAGAGUAUUAACGUGAACUGGUAUCAGUACUGUCCGGAGACCGCCGUCAUCCUGCUGUCCACCACCGUGCAGGGAAACAUCCUGCAGCCGUUCGCCUUCAGGAGCGGGACCAUGUCCAAGAUGUCCAAGUUUGAGAUCGAGCUGCCAGUCGUUCCCAAACCCGCCAAACUCAGCCUGUCGGAGAGGGACAUCGCCAUGGCAACAAUAUAUGGUCAGCUGCAUGUGAUGUACCUGAAGCAUCACUCCAGAACAGCAAACAGUACGAGUGCUGAGGUCGUGCUGUAUCACUUACCCAGAGAGGGCGCCUGUAAAAAGAGCCACGUGUUGAAGCUGAACACGACGGGGAAGUUUGCUCUGAACAUCGUGGACAACCUGGUGGUGGUUCAUCACCAGAGCUCCCAGACGUCUCUGAUCUUCGACAUCAAGCUGAAAGAGCCGGACUGUGCCGUCAACACACACCAGCCUGUCCUACCUGCCCGCUCCAUACACCCCUACAGGAUACCACUGUCAGGUCCAGCAGUCGUUCCCUCUCAGCCUCCAGUUCCCUGUCAGCUCUACUCGUCCUCCUGGAGCGUCUUCCAGCCCGACAUCAUCAUCAGCGCCAGUGAAGGUUACCUGUGGUACCUGCAGGUGAAGCUGCCUCCGACUGUGAACCUGCUGCAGGACAAAGGCAAACUGAUGGACUUCCUGUUACGACGGAGGGACUGCAAGAUGGUCAUCCUGUCCGUCUGCUCACAGAUCCUGGAGGGCGGGGAGAAGGGGAGUCUUCCUGUCGUGGCGACCGUCUUCGACAAACUCAACCAGGUGUACAAAGAAUACCUGGAGGCCGAGCAGAGCUACACUGUGGCGAUGGAGUCCGGUCCGAGUCGAGGCAGCGCGGCGCAGAAACGUCCGGUCAGAACUCAGGCGGUCAUCGACCAAUCAGACAUGUACACACACGUCCUGUCGUCUUUCACAGAGAGGAAGGGUGUGUCCCAUAAGUUCAUCAUCGCGGUGUUGAUGGAGUACAUCCGCUCUCUGAACCAGUUCCAGAUCACCGUCCAGCAUUACCUGUACGAGCUGGUGAUUAAAACGCUGGUGCAGCACAACCUGUUCUACAUGCUGCAUCAGUUCCUGCAGUAUCACGUCCUCAGUGACUCCAAACCUCUGGCCUGUUUGCUUCUGUCUCUGGAGAGCACGUAUCCUCCUGCUCACCAGCUGUCUCUGGACAUGUUGAAGCGUCUGUCCACGGCCAACGAUGAGAUCGUUGAGGUUCUGUUGUCGAAGCAGCAGGUUCUGGGCGCGCUCAGAUUCAUCCGCAGCGUCGGUGGACACGACAACGUGUCAGCGAGGAAGUUCCUGGAUGCGGCACGGCAGACUGGAGACCAGAUGUUGUUCUACACGGUGUUCAGGUCGUUCCAGCAGAGAAACCAGCGGCUGAGAGGAAGCCCCGGGUUCAACCCCGGAGAGCACUGUGAGGAGCAUGUGGUUCACUUUAAACAGCUGUUUGGGGAGCAGGCGCUGAUGAAACCCUCCACCGUCUGAACCACAGACGGUAAACUCGCCUGGAGGAGGAGGAUCUGAAAUACUGAAGAACUCGUAAAAACCUGAUGAUGAUCAGUUCCUCCUCCAUCAGUCUGUUGUACAUUAUCUCAUAAUUAUUUCAUAAAAGAGAGUAAUAAUACUGUAUAAUAUUGUAUAUUGAAAUAAAGUUGUAAAUUAUGAGAAAGUGUUGUAACAUGUUCAGAAUAUUGUUGAUUAUUUUAUGUUAUUAUAAUUUUCAACUUC